AGAAACAUGGUGCCGGAAAAUGGAAGAAGAUCCUCAGGGAUCGUGAAUUCAAAGAUGCACUGUCAGCCAGAAACAACGUUUCUAUUAAGGAUAGAUGGAGGAACAUCCUCAAAAAAAAGAAGAGGUUCUUCAGCUAUCGAAUCAGAGCAGGAGGAAGAAAGUGGCGGGGAUUCUGAAGCAGGUGAUUCGACUAGCAGUACAAAUUCCUCAGAUGGAGAAGGCAGGAUUGCUGAAGCUUCAGCACCUCUCUAUGAUUCAGUUGAUGACACCUCAGGAAGUGAAGCUGAAUUUGAGAAAACUCUGCAGGACGAUGAACAACUCGCUCUCGUUAAUCAGGAUGCACGCUUAAACUUUCAAGGAGGGACUAGUUUCUUUAGAAAAGAUGCUCCAAAGAAAAUGGUGGCCAAAAAACGUGUACACGAUGCUCCCCCACUUCUUGCUUCUCCCUCAGCAGAGACUAAUCCUUUAUCUGAAAACCAUUGGGAAGUUCUUCCUGAAUAUCUGAAAAACUGGACUUCACUUGUGUUGGAAGCUGAUGAUAUUCCCAAACCUAUGCAGCCUGUAGAACUAGUUCGUGCUAACAAAGAGAUUUAUCUCAUUCAGUGGCAUGUUGAAAGUGCAAUUAGGCAGUUCUUGGCAUCCAAAGACUUUGUUGGAAUCCAUACACCAAAACUGGUAGCAGGGUCUGGUGUAGCUGGUGCAACUGUUGUUAAAAUUGACUAUCAAGGCCUCCCUACUUGCCUUGCUGAAUCAUCACAACUUCGGAGGCAGAGGGAAAUUUGUGGUGCUUCUCAGCGUGUCUUUGAAAUCGAGGCAGUUUUUAGGGACUCUGUCAAUCCCAGAGGUUUGAGUGAAUUUGUUGGUCUUGACGUGGAAAUGGAGAUUAAGGAGAAUUACUCUGAGUACCCGAAAAAGACUCGGCAACUUACUUUUGAGAAAGGCCUUCAAAUGUUGAAGAUAUUUGUGUGCUCUUUUUCCUUCUUUCCUUUAUUACUGAAGCGAUGGACCAGUGAAGAGAUAUGAUGGGAAAGGUUAUUUAAGGUGUUUCAAAUAGUACAACACAUGAAAUGCUGGCAUUGCAGUUGAUUCUCUAGGUGGUUUAAACACAGUAAUGGAGAGGGAGCUAGGGGGUCUCAUACUUAAAGAGUAAGUAUUUGGCAUAAAAUGUUUCUCCUAGUAGUCUGAAUUUUCAGAGAUAAUUUAUUCUUUUUGUCAUUUGAGAUACCUCUGUUUUAUGUAGUCGAUUUCGGUUAUUUCGGAAAUUUCGGCGAAAUUCCGGAUUUCGGUCCAAGAAGACACGAUUUUGUUAAUUUCGGUCGGACGAA